UCCAAUGAAUAUUACUGUGAAUCUCACAAAACAGAAUGUUACACGUACUCGGAGACGGUACGCGAGACUAGAUGUAGGUCCGUCCAUUGUUCUAGUGGCUACACCUGUUACAUGUCCAACCCGUGUCCAGCUCAUCACACCACUGCCUGCUCCGCUAACGCUUGUCUAGCGUUACCAUGCAAGAACCGCGGCACGUGCAGAACGAUAGGCCACUCUUACACAUGCCAAUGUGCAUCCGGGUACUAUGGACAGAACUGUGAAUACGCGGAUGCGUGUUUAUCUAGACCUUGUGUCAAUGACGGGAGGUGUAACCGUGUUGGGUCGUCCUACAGCUGUUCGUGUUCAGUCCAAUUCACAGGCAAACAUUGCGAGCAAAAAACACCGUGCUAUGGGCCACCUUGUAUGAAUGGGGCGACGUGUCGAGUCGUCGGUACAGCCUACACUUGUAUAUGCAAGUCGGGUUUUUACGGACAGAACUGUGCAGAUGUUGAUGGUUGUUUGAACAAUCCUUGUCGGAAUGGCGGUACCUGUACCAGACAGGGAGAUAACUACAGCUGUGUCUGUCCCCAUAACACCGCGGGCAGGAAUUGUGAACAAG